GUCAGUUGUUCGCAUCCUGAGGUGUCCCGACGUAUUUUCAAAAUUCCGUCACGUCUCAAAAUAAAAAUCCAAAACAAUGUGAAACCGUGUCAAAGGCCGUUGCGUUGGUUUUCGACAUGCUUAUAUUUUUUGACACCGAAAUUCCGCCAAAAAAGAUUUAGUUGACGAUGGCCAAUUUUUUCUUGUGCUUGUUCAUCUUUAGGAUAGUGUUGCCGAUCGUUCUGGGGGCAUGUAUCAUUUUCCGGCCGUCUCUACUUUCCGCCAUUUACCUCCUUUUCCUCCUCUUUCUCCCAUGUAUCCCUAUACCGACGGCCAGCUCCAUGGCCGGUUCCACCGGCAUCUACAUCAAGCUCCUCAUCGCCACAUCCAUCCUGACCUUUGUAGCCCAACUGGCUUUCCAGAUUGUCCUUCUGGCUAUGCCUCCAUACGGCCAUAUCCUCGAAAAAUGCGAACUCUUAGAGCAAAUUCUACGACACGUGGGUCUUGUCCGGCUCGAUGCCAUGAACCCCAUCGCUGUGGUCACCUGGAUUUCGCCUGAAAUCGUCAUGGUGGUCAUAUCCGUCGGGACCUACGUCAUCUGUAAGAAACUCCUCGAGAAACGGACCGUUGAAGUGGUCGAAAACGAGGAGAAUCUUCCACAGAAGGCGAAAGCCAACAGAAAACAAUUCAAUCUUUUCGUCGCUGUUGGCAAAUAUGCCGUUUUAGUGGCGCUGUGUGUGGCUGCAGUGCUCCGACCCUCUGUACCUGGAGGGUUGUAUUUCUUGGUGUUUUUGUGUGCCGCCACGUGGUGGUCGUGUUGUAAGGAGCUCGGCAAGGGCUUUGCCAUUGUGAUGAGGUGUGUCAUGGCCGUGGUGGUAGUCCACAUGGGCGCUCUCUACACGUAUCAGUUCCAAUGGCCACAGGAGUACCUCGACAAGAACAGUACCUAUGCGCGGUAUUUCGGCUUGACUCCGAUUUUUUGGUCCAAUUGCACCGACGAUCCCAGAACCUUCAACUGGGAGCAAGAGGAAUGGGCGACUUAUGCCAACCCCAUCGCCCUUUUCCUCCUCUACUACGUGCUAGCACUAGAAUCCAAGUUCUUGCUUAAGCCCCAGUCGCAAAAGAAGCAGGGGAAAUUUUUACGUCUCGAAGGGAGUUUUACGAAGCCGCUGAAUCGGCAGCUUUCUAACAAACAACUAAUGCGCAGAGCCACGACGAGAAACAAGUGGCAAAGUGCUACUCGCAAAGUCCGAAUUCCCCGGACCGAAUAUGCCAUUAGUGAGCACACACCCUUAAUCGGGGGAGUGAGUCCAUCACGACGUUACGGCUCUGGUAAAAAACCACCCGUUUAUCAAGACUCGACGGGAAGUUUCACCAUAACUGGCGAGAACCCAGAAGACAUCCCAAUGGAUGAACUCGGUAAGGGUGCUGCAGAAGAGGAAUACAAGCCAACCAUCAUCGAGAAUGUCAUGUAUGGCCUAGAGUCGAUCCUCCAGGUCAUCAUCAAAUCCUCAUACAUCGUCACAAACAUCAUCAUGAUGGCGUGGAGUAUAACCUACAUCAGCUGGAUCACUUUCGUUCUUCUCAUCUGGGCCAAUCUUUUGUGGCUUGUUCCUAACCAAAGGAAAUCAAUGCUUCGGUCUAGUCCCUUCCUGGUGGCCUACGCGUGGUUCCUCCUCAUUUCGGCAUACAUUUACUCGAUGAAUCUUACCGAAAGCGAGUUACCAACUACCAUCGAAGGCAUAGAUUUGUCCGAAAUCGGCUUCCAGAAGGUGGAGGUUCUCCCGUGCAACCCUCUUCUAGUUAAAUGUCUCUUCACGGCGAUGUUUUGGAUCACUCUGAGACAAUUCGUAAGAGAACGAAUCGAAGAACGCCAAACUACAGCACUUGCCGACAUGGCUGCGCCCCUCCAAGUGACUGUAGGAGCGGCAGCUGGGGUUGAAAACGAACAAGACCCUGGCAGUAAACUAAUGGAGAAAAUCGGGCAAUAUUUGAGGAAAAUUUUGACGAAAUUUUGGAUUUGGGUGGUGGCGAUCACGCUUUUCGCCGUGGCCAUAACCGGGGAGAGGAUGACAGCGUUUAGGAUUUUCUACAUGGCGUUGUUCCUGUUUUUCAUCCUCACGUUCCAAAUCUCGUUUAGAGCUUGGAGGAAGAUGAUGUUCGGGUUCUGGUUAACUGUCAUAGUCUUUUCCAUGGCAAUACUAGUCAUGGUCUACACUUACCAAUUCAAGAACUUUGAUAUCUACUGGCGGGAUUACCUACACGUGCCUAUUCAACGCCAAUUGGAUAUCGGCCUGGAAAAAUUCGAGACGAAACAGUUGUUCGUCCGAUUGGUCACUCCCACAUUUUUUGUCAUAAUCACUGUAAUCCAACUGCACUACUUCCAUAAAGAGUUUAUGGAACUGUCUGAUCCGAAAAAUACCAGCGUUAUUGGAGUAGACCUAGAUCAGAGUAGCCUCCAAGGGGGCGCCCCUACUAGUGAUAAAGACGAAACGUCUUCAUCCAUCAAGAUGGACCUGACCGACACAGAUUCAUCGCAAACUCGGUGGCAACGCCUCGUUAAGUAUUUCCACCACACCAGUAACCUAAUUUUCCUAUUCCUGGAGUUACACAUGCCCAAAUUCGUCGUUUUGUUUUUAAUGCUUGUUUGCAUUUACGACAAAUGCGCCUUGUACUUCAUCCUAGUCCUUCUCCUAGUACUUGCGUGUGCUUUCGGACGUCCCAUGCAAAUUUUUGCGAUUUAUACGAGUUCUGUUUUCGUCUCUGUGAUGUUACUAGCGCGAAUGAUUUACCAAACCGAUUAUAUAAAUCCCGGUAAUUGGAACGUAACCUGUGAGAUGCAAAACAAUUCAAAAAUUGCGAAUAACGCAAAAUGGUUGGGUUUUUACAAAACGAGCAAAGAUGCAAGUCUACCGCACUUGGUCAAGUGGAACAUCAUGUAUAUCCUUGUGGUGACCCUAUGGGCUGUUAUUUUGGUCCGGCAGUUUAAUUAUAGGGUUUCGAGGGGGAAACCGACCACAAGGGCUUUUUUCAUGUUUCCCAAAAUCACGCGAUGGGACGCUGAUAAAAGUACAAGCAACUGUAUCAAGUAUUUAUUCAACUAUGGUUUCUUCAAGUUCGGAGUAGAAAUUUGUUUGAUGGCUACAGUGGCCGUCAUUGGCUUCAGGAUGGACAUGUAUUCCAUCAUCUAUAGUGUUUGGCUGUGUGUUAUGUUUAUUGCAAAACGGGACACACUUGCCAAAAUUUGGACUUUCUACAUGAUGUUUAUUGCCUUACUUCUCCCAAUUCAAUACGUAAUGACAGUAGGAUUACCUCCAACACUGUGUAUACUUUUUCCAUGGGACCAAGACUAUUGGGACAAAAGUGAAGUAAAAAAUGCUGCAAUUUUCCGAAGACUUCAGGAGUUCUCCUACUUAUUGGACACAGAGUAUCCCCCUUCUCCCAAGAAACUUAUUUGUGAUUUUAUUCUUCUCCUUUUGGUGUCUCGUCAAGCUGUGAUCUUCCGUAUCGAGAAAAGAUGGGCAGGGCGGGAAUACCCAGGCGGUUCUAACGAUAUUAUAAUCCAUCACGCGGAAGAAAAAGGGUUUGUUAACCCAACCCCGGACUACAUAUCGAGUGUCAGAUCAUAUUUGGACGUUAUCAAGAAAGGGGUCUACUCCAGUUUCCUCUGGAUAACCCUAGCUAUAGUCUUUCUAGCCGGCACUAACCGGGUUAAUGUUUUCUCAAUCGGUUACUUGAUCGGUGCUUUUGUGUUUUUGUGGCAAGGUACCGACUUGUAUCUCCGACCUAUCCCGACAAUCAUCAAGUCAUGGGACCUUUUUUUGGGAUACAACGUUUUCGUAAUUUUGUGCAAAACCGCCUUACAAAUAGUCGGUUGUAUUUUCAUACAAGACAUCCCAAACUAUGCCUGUUGGCUUAUCCAGCUGUUUGGUAUCGGUUGCGUGAAAAAAUUCGGCGAUCUUACCGUACAAGCCGGUCUCGCCGACGAACUCGUUUGCAAAGUACCGAGAGAAUACGUCGGACUUGUAUGGGACGGGUUAUGUUUCGGUUUUAUGAUAAUGCAGCGACGCAUUUUCACCAGUUAUAACUUCUUCCACCUUAUUAACGAGAUCAAAGCGGGCUCUAUUCUGGCUUCGCGAGGCGCCGAGCUGAUCGAGGAGCUCCGUCUGAAACGCAUGACCGAACAGGAGGAGCAAGAACGUCGCGUUCUAGAAAAAAUCAAAGCCAAGAUGGACCGCAUCAAAGCCAACCAGCAGAAAAUCCAAGGAUCGAGUUACAAAGACAGUGAAAACCACUACGUGGAUACGAUAUUUAAGGGUAGGCCUAAGCGGAGAACGAGGGAGCCCAAGUCGUACAAGCAGGCUGUGCGGUCCGGCGACUACUACAUGUUCGAUGAUUUAGAUGACGAAGAUGAGUUAGAUUUUAUGGACAUACCGAAAGAUGAUGAGGAAGAGGCGAAGGGACGCGGACAGACUGUUAGUGAGCUUCUAAGUACUGCCAUGAAGACUGACAUCAGUACGAGUGUGAAACGGUCCGAGACUGAUUUUCGUCGAAGAGGAAGUAUGCCUCUACCGACAAGACAGAAAUCGAUAAUAUCGACCCGGUCACAACUAUCAGCACCCUAUUCUGCUCCUCCUAUAAUUGAGGAGCCGGGACCUAGAACCGUCACUAUUAUCGAUGAGCGGGGAAAAGACGAGCCAAAGCCAGGCACUAGUAAAGAUGAUGACGAGUCCACUGUCAUAAGUGAGCAAAAACCAACAGUCCGGGAAAAAGUCUCGGUCGGGUUGUUAUUCGUCUGGGCUUUCAUCCAGAGCUCAAUGAUCAGUCUCACCAACUUCCUCAAUAAAUACUCGAGGGAUUACCGCUACGUAAUCCGUGUUUUGGCCAAGGAGAAAAAGUUUUUGAAGGAACACACGGACUACAACGUUGGUUUGCGUCUCGGCUCGGGUCAGUUGUGGCAACCAGCAGCGUCGUACAACAGUCUUCUUGGCCAGUCACACGAGGAUUCGGUGCUACCGACUCCGUCUUGCGGCACAUUCAGUCCUUCCGAUUCGUACAGACUCGUCUCGAAUAGCGACAGGCCAUCUUUGGAUCGCCGGGACUACGACGAGAAACCGCCAGUCAGCGACGAGAGCGACCAAAAAGCCAUGGCUACCUUACCCUACACGUCCGAUCAGGACAGGCGCAAGGCGAGUGUUCUCACGGUCCCCGAAAUUCGCAUUCUGGCCCCAAGUCUGGAACGUGGAUUAGACUCGCCUUCAACACCAAGCAGGGAGGGGUCGCGGAUCGAUAUGGAGGAGUACGAAGGCACGGAGAUGUCCUCGUACGACCAGCCGCCCAUAAUAAGGCUUUUACUCGCGAUCUGGUACAUCAUAAUGAGCCGAUCCGAAAACGUCUGCUACUUUAUCAUAUUUUUGAACCAAAUCAAAUCGGCGACUUUCCUGUCGUUGCCGUUGCCUCUCAUGGUGUUCCUCUGGGGUACUUUGACCAUUCCGAGGCCGGACAAGACUUUCUGGGUUACCAUUAUCGCAUAUACUGAGGUAAUAGUACUGAUCAAAUGCAUGUUCCAAUUCGAUAUAAUACCCUGGAACAUGAGUCAAGGGAUCACAAACAACCCAUUCUACCCUCCAAGAAUAAUCGGAAUUGAGCGAAACUCCAAUUUUGCCGUUUGGGACCUUUUGCUUCUCUUGGUCGUAUUUUUCCACAGAUUUAUGUUAAAAUCGAUGGGUUUGUGGAAAAGUUCCCCAGUCCCGGCUGUCCUUCUGACCGAAGGCGACUACAAAGUGAACUCCGAGGGUAAACUCGAACCGGUUCAAAGUGAGAUGCAAAUCACGCGCCGCAGCUCCAAGCACAGUGACAAGACUCUUUCGAGUAAAAGUUCGGUCCCUGAAGACAGUGACCUCGAACGGCUCGUGGAGGAGUCGGAUCAAAACGAAGAUGAUAUGAGAAGGGCCAGUAUAACCAAGCAGGAUUUACAGGAUAAGAUUUUGAGUGUGGAGUGUCAACGGGUCGAUCCUAUGGCACACUUGCCCCAGUCGUUAAAACUAGCGUUCUUGAAAUACGGGGAAAGUAUCAGACUGUUUUUCAAGCAGUUGCGCGACCCCACGUCCAGGGUGGCUGCUGAUGUGUAUUCGUACAUGUUUCUGUGCGAUUUUUACAAUUUUUUCGUUAUUUUGAUCGGGUAUAGUUCGUUCGGGACGCAGCAAGGGGAUGGAGGAGUGUCUUCGUAUCUGGAAGACGACAGAGUCCCCGUCUUGUUCCUCCUGAUGCUUAUUUUACAGUUCACGUUGAUUAUAGUGGACCGAGGGAUAUUUUUAAGGAAGAAUAUUUUAGCUAAGAUUAUAUUCCAGUUUAUCCAAGUUUUUGUCUUGCACAUUUGGUUGUUUAUCGUUUUUCCCAUAAUCACGGAACGGGGCUUCAAUUCAGUGUUAGCCCCUCAAAUGUAUUACAUGGUCAAGUGUUUCUACUUGCUGUUAUCAGCAUAUCAGAUCAGAUGUGGCUACCCGACCCGAAUUUUGGGCAACUUCCUGUGUAAAGGCUACAAUUAUGUCAAUAUGUUCCUAUUUAAGGGUUUCAUGGCGAUUCCCUUUCUAUUCGAAUUGAGGACCGUGAUGGACUGGAUGUGGACCGACACCUCAAUGACUGUCUUUGACUGGAUCAAAAUGGAGGACAUAUUUUCACACAUUUUCCAAAUCAAAUGCACACGACACGUUGAAAGCGAGUAUCCCCAACCACGAGGCGAGCGCAAACCCCCCGUCAUCAAAUACCUGAUGGGGGGAGCAAUCCUCGCCCUAAUUAUCGCCAUAAUUUGGUUCCCUCUCGUCUUCUUCUCACUGGGAAACGCCGUGGGCAAGCCCAACCCUCCCUACGACGUAACCCUCGAAAUCCGUAUAGGGCCCUACGAGCCGGUUUACCAGAUGUCGGCCCAAAGCAACUCGAUUCAUCAAUUUACCGAAAGCAAUCUCGCUCAACUGCAACAGGCCUACAUCCAGCAAAAGACCGCGGCAACCUUCAUUUCGAAUUACGAAGGACCCGAUAUUGCCGCCGUUAAGCUUAGCUUAGACUCGGCAAACAUCUGGAGCAUCUCACCGCCGGAUCGUGAACGAAUGGUGGCGGAAGUUAGUUCCAACGAUUCGUUGAAAAUUAGACUCGAAUAUAAGGUUUCGCACAAGACCAGUAAACCGGAAGAUUCCGGCGUGAUUCCCGACAAUGUCGAGAUCCAAGUUCCGGCGGCAAUCAACGGGAAACCGAACGUCAUGAGGCAGAAUCUUUUACAAAUGCUGAAGGGUAAUAAGAGUGCAAGUCCGAUGAUUCUCGAAGAUAUACUCCCCAAAUUUUUGAAAGUUACCAACCGGGGGACGGCGAAGUCCAUCUCGCAGUUAAUGUUUUUGAAUAACGAGGAUGCAGAAAGUCCAAACCCUGUCGGGAAGGCGUUCAGGACUAUAAGUUUAAGCUUGGAUAGUAGCAACGACUCCGUUACGGAGUGGUGGCAGAUUAAGGAAAAUUGUACUGAUCUUAAUUACAAAAUGUUCCUCAAAAAGCUACCGAUGGCCGACUGCAACUCCAUCAUUGUGUAUACUUUCAACGAUAAAAUUUUUCCCAGUACUUUGAGCGUUCUAACUGGGGGAGGCAUAAUCGGCCUUUACUCAACUCUAGUUUUCGUUGCUUUCCGCUUCUUCCGCGGUUUCUUCGCCGAGCAGUGCUUCAAAAUCAUGUUUGAAGACAUGCCGAACAUAGACCGAGUGUUGCAACUCUGCCUCGACAUCUACCUAGUCCGUGAAGCCGGCGAAUUCGCUCUAGAGGAAGACCUCUUUGCGAAACUAGUGUUCCUCUUCCGGUCGCCGGAAACCAUGAUUAAGUGGACGCGACCUAAGGAAGAGCUCGCCGACGACGAGGACCCCGAAGGGGACGCCUAAGUCCCACGACACCGAUCGGAAACUCAGGAAACUUUAGCUUGUAGUGGCUUCGUAGCUUCGUAUUUAAGUUACUUCAAUGACUUAAUCAAUGACCAUGUUUAGGAUUUUCGGGUUGUAUGCUUUGUACUUUGUCACGUUUGUCCGCGUGAUGAGGAUUCUGAUCAUCGGGAGAGUCACGGAGAGGAUCUGGCUGGAGGACAUGCCGAAUCCCAACCGGAUUUACAACUUGCUCCAAGAUAUUUACAUCGUGAGGGCGUUUCGCGAGUACAGGAUGGAAGAGGACUUGUUCGCGAAGUUGGUCUUCUUGAUGCGGUCGCGAGAGCUGGUGAUUAAGUUCACACGGGAGCCCGAGAACACGUACAGUCCGGAAAUCAUCUGGGUCAAACAACAAAGAACUGCCAAAUAAGUUAAGUUUUUAAGGUUAGCCUAGUUCAGUCGAUUCUUCCAUUUUUCGAAUAAGUCAAGCUUUUAGGUCGUACGGUUUUGUAAAUUUGUGCAGGUGUAAAUGUUUCUAAGUUAUUUAAUCGUUGUUAUAUUUAUUGUGAUUUAUGGUACACAUCACUCUAGUACUGAUACAACUCUAUUUUGUUUGGAUGUUUUUAUAUUUUAAAACUUUUUAUAAAACAUUGUGCACAAGUGUAUUUAAUUUUUAAUAAACUAUUUUAAAUUUU